AUGGACCUGCCGCGCUUGCGACUCGACUUUACGGAUGCGCCGUUGAGCCCGGACGACCCGCGGCGGCGCAUCGUCGAGGUGCCCAAAAAGCCCACGUCCGAGAAGGCGCAGUCGAUCCGCGAUGAGUCCUCACGGCGACCGGCAACGUUGGCGAUACCAUGUGCCGGCUCACGAUCGCGUCGUCGUACCCGCUCCAAGACAUCUUCAAGCGUUGCGUACUUCGAGCUUAAGGAAGACCUCCGGUACUGGGUGGCGGCCACGGACCGGCCCAAGAACGUCCAUAGCAUCAUGAAUGCGUUCUACAAGCUCUGGCUCGAGCUCUUCCGGCACGACGACGCUGCGCUCGGGCUGCGUGGCCGCGACGUGCUCCUGGAGGAGCUCACGACGUACGGCAACGAGAUCCGCGUCCAUGGCAACCACACAUACCAUUUCUUCAAGCCGACCAAGUGA